UAUUUCUGAUUAACUAACAGAACAUUGUGCUAUUAUUUAAAAAUGUUUAAUUCAACAAUAUUUUUUCUGAAUAUUAUUUUUUUAACAUCUUUUGUUUCAGCUGAAGUUCCAUCAUAUAUACCAAUAUGUGGUCGAAGAAAUCCAAAUUUGAAUGAAUGCGUAAAAAAUAGUGUGGAUGUUUUACGUCCAAAACUACGUGAUGGCAUACCUGAGCUUGAUGUACCUUCAACUAAUCCCCUUUUUAUGGAAGAAGGACUUCCUCUAGCUGAUUCACCAGAUUUUAAAGCUGGAGCUAAAAAUGUAAAAAUCUUCGAUGCUCUCAAUUUUGAAGUUAAAAGACUCAACGUUGAUCUCGAGAACAAGAAAAUAGACAUUAAUAUUUUUUUCAAAAAAAUGAAAUUGCAAGGAGAUUACAACGUUAAAGCAAAAAUAGUUGUUCCGGUAGAAGGAUCAGGACCUAUUGAAAUUAAUGCAGAGGACAUCGAAUCAAAUUCAACAAUGAUUUUUAAAAUAAUCAACACAAAAAAGGGUCAACAGCUUUUCUUCACCAGUAUGAAGUGUAAGCUGAGAAUAAAAGAUUACAAAUCUAACUUUGUUGCCAAAACUGGACCAGAUGCUACAUUUGCUGAUGCUAUAAAUACUGUGAUUAAUACAAAUCGUAUGGAAAUCAUUGAAUCUCUUACACCUAGUCUGGAAAAAGCAAUAGCCGCUAAAUUACUUGAAUUGUCUAAUCAAAUAUGUAAAAACUUUACAUACGAUGAAUUAUUCCCUGAUCGAGAGUAACUUUCUUUUUUAAAUAGUAUAUUGAGUGGCAAGGGAUGAAAAGACGCUUUCAGAUGAGGAUGAAGUUGACUGUCCGACCCGGUUAGUCGACAUCACCCGAAGUCUGAAGUCGUGUUUUAUCCCAUGUCAUGCACUAUAUUUUUCGUAUUACCUGCAUUGACACUGGGAGUUUUAAUGUCUGGAGCCAGACGAACCAGGCUAAUUUCUGACCGAUAGUAUAGUAAAAAAAUAGUGAUAUGCUUUAAAUAUGCAAAUUUAAGUAUUUCAAUAAAAAAUAUAGUGGCUUUUUAUUAAUUCAACAAUUGUUGUUAUUGGAACUCAUAUUAUUUUUUUAAAUUUUUGAAAUACAAACUAUAGUUCGUUCAGUUAUUAGAUUGUCAUAAAUAUUCAGCGGUUUACAAUAAACAAAUGCGCUUCUGACAUGGACGAAAUGAAGUCGAAAACUAAUUUAACAACAGAAACUAAUGAGUUUCUUACCGAGAGAAGAAAUUGAUUAGUUUCCGCGCGCUAAAUCGCAUUGGUCUGAAAUUGGCUUGUUACGUCUGGCAAAACAGGCAUUGGAACUCGCAAUUUCAAUGCGGGUAAUAUGAAAUAGUAUGUUACACACCGAGGAAAGAAAGUAGAACAUUCCAACCCGCAUGUAAUUGUCUAUCCGAACUGAAGACGAGGGUGACAAACACACGGAUUCGGAUGUCCUACCUUCCCCCGAGGUGUGUAUACUAUUUGUUACCAGAUUUGCACUUGACCAUUUAAAUUUUUGCCUCUGUUUGAUAAGAAGAAAGUAAGACUUUCCUCCUGCCAAACAGGACAGGAAUUCAAACUUUUCUACUAAACUUGUACUAGGUAUGGUGAAAUUAAAUGCACGUAGAGGAGAGUCAAUUGAACCAAAAAUACUUCUUUUUACAAAAUUAUAAUUUAUUAUAUAGACUAUCAUUUCUCCUAAGCAAAUAACUUAACAAAUGAUGAAAAUUUUCAAUAAAUACGAAAUUGUAUAACUGCAUCAAAUGAUUCAAUCUUCCCUUUUGCGGGGGCAAUUGAACCAGUAGUCGGGGACAAUUGAACCAAGAGUAUUAGAACCACAAACGAAUGAAUUUCAUGAAUAAUUUACUAUUAGUUACAGCGUAAAACUAAAAUUACAACACUUCUAAUAAUAUUGAUUACUUUACAUAACAUUAUAUGUUAAAACAAUCACUUUUAAAACCUCUGCUAGUAUAAUUAUUUUUUUCUUGGUUAGUUUAGCUUGUUUUCACAUUCUGUCGAGAUGCGCGCGCAUAUCUGAUGCUCACAAUAUGAUUUGUGUGGUUCAACCGUCCCCAAGAGUACUGGUUCAAUUGGUCCCAUAUGAUUUUAUUGAAAUAAUUAGUUUAAAAAAAAAUAUUCAAGAACUAUCUUACUAGAAGCAAAGUUAGAAAUUUAUGACCAAUAUAUGUAUGAAGGUAUUACAAAAAAAAUUUUAAAACUACAUUUGAAAAUUAAAAAAUUAUUAAACAAUUUGUCAAGAGCUGAAAAAAAAGUUGAGAUGCCUAAAAACACAAAAAUUUGAAUUUUUUAAAAUUAAAUCAUCAUAUUGGUUCAAAAUUUUAGUCAGACUAAGGUUUAGUGUAUUAAAAUAUAAUUCCAAGAGGACGACUCAUUUUUAUAUUUUUUUCGAUUUUUUAAGCUUACUACUUCGAUUGCCCCCUGGUUCAAUUGACCCCACUCUCCCCUACAUAAUAUUUACUUUUAUAAAUUACUGCGCUAAAUUAUUUUUGUUGUAAUGGUACUUGAUAUUGACCCUGUAAUACACGUGAGAAAGAGCGCACGUGGCUCCUGCAAUCAACAAAAAAAUACUUGCUCGUCAAGUUGGAUAAGUAAUAAUAGUUUACAAAAGAAAAAUCUGUAGACAACUUUUUUAUGCCUCAAUACAUCAUAAAUUAAUUUCUAUGUAUCUUGUAAAAUGUGAUUAUAAAAUAAACAAGAAAAUAAAAAAAAUUGUAAUUUA